AUGAAUGAUGAUCUUAUUCAAACAAUAAUAAAUGAUGAUCGUCAACGUUUUUUACUUGAUCUUGAAUUUGUUCAAACAUUAGCAAAUCCUCAAUAUUUAAAUUUUUUGGCUCAAAGAAAUUAUUUUAAAAAUCAAGCAUUUAUUAAUUAUUUGAAAUAUUUACUUUAUUUUAAAGAAGAUAAUUAUAUAAAAUAUAUUCAUUAUCCUCAAGCACUUUAUUUUCUUGAUUUAUUACAACGUGAACAAUUUCGACAAGAACUUGUUAAUACAGCUUAUUGCCGACAAAUAGAAGAUCAACAAUUACUUGCAUGGCAACGACUUCAACGUCGAAAGAAUCAACUUUUAAAUAAUGCUGCCGGAAUAACAACAACAACAACAAAUAAUAAUAAUAACAAUGAAGCAGAUGCUACAAAUCCACAGAAUAGCACAAAUGCAAUAUCAACAUCAACAACAGCAACGAACAAUACUCAACUUCGUUAA